AAUAUAAAAUAAAACCAUUAUCCCUCCCACCAAUACAACAAUUAAAAUUCCCCUAUAACAAUAAAAUGUCAUUCAGAUUAUUAAAACAAUCCAACAGUCAAACAGCAGCAAAGAGAUGGGUACAUUGAAUAUUCUGUAUGGGAUCCAUGUCAACGGGAGACAGAGUGGAUUAUUCUGGGAAGGCCUGUUGGAAGAGACCUGUCUUGAUAGCCUUUUUAAAACUGUCAAGGUUGGUAAUGUUUCGGAUCUCUUCCAACAGGCCGUUCCAUAGUUUGGGAGCGGCAGGUGAGAAGGUAACUGCAGCCAGCCUGGUCUUUAUUGGCUGCAGUAAAUUUUUCCCAGAGGACCUUAAUGUGCGGGGUGGAUUGUACGGAAGACGGAGAUCCCACCGGUAGACUGAACCCAGGCCAUGAAGGGCUUUAAAGGUCAUCACCAACACCUUGUACUGUGCCCAGAAACUAAUAGGUAGCCAGUGAAGAAAUUUCAGUAUAGGUGUUAUAUGGUCACUUCUAGCUGUCCCAGUAACCAAUCUGGCUACCAUAUUUUGAACCAAUUGUAGUUUUCGAACUAGGUACAAGGGUAGCCCAAUGUAGAGUGUAUUACAGAAAUCGAGUUGUGAGGUUAGCAGCGCAUGUACUAAUGUUGUCAGGUCCCCCGGUUCCAGUAAAGGACGAAGCUGGCGUAUCAGCCAAAGCUGAUAACAAGCACUCCUGACUGCCACAUUUACCUGAUUUGACAUCAGAAGCGAUGAGUCCAGGAGCACUCCCUAACUGCGAACGCAAUCCUUUAAGGGGAGUGUGACCCCGUCCAGGACCAGUUGACGUAUCCGUAUACUUGGAUUAGGAUUCCCAACAGGAGGAGACACGGUUGCAGAGAUGACAUUUGAGGUGUAACACAAACCAGAGCAUUCUCAGCAUUUGGAGAAAUCCCCCCUCUUCAAACCCCUCCCUUGACCAGAUAUCAUAACAGAGGACAAGGCACAGCAAAAUGAAAAAUGAAAAUGAGUGCCGAAAUACCUCAAAACUGCAGCAAGUCUCCCUCCAUCCUCAGGCCUGGCAGUCAGUAUUAAGAGCUAAGAAAAGCAUCAACCAAACUGUGCUGUUGGAAUCGUGGAUUGGCUGGAGCAUUGCCCCCAGAGGGGUGCCAUGGGAGAGGGUCUCUGUGGUGGCAGUUCAACGUCUGAAAGGUGCCAGGGAUCUGCGUUGCUGCUGAGUUGCCUCCCAAGCCCACGGGGACUUUGCAGUGGUGACUGGAAGGUGGAAGCCAAGUCGUAGCCCGUGAUGGUGGGAGCCAUCCCCCGGCAGCCGCGCCGUUUCUGGGGAGUGCCAGAGUGGCAGGUGUCGCCUGCCAGCUGCACAGGGAACCAUCUGCUGCUGAAGGGAGAGAGCAGGACAACCAGGGGAAGCUGUUGUCAGUGGCUGAGCGAUGUGGCUCUGCUGGUGGUUUUGUAGCAGGAGGCUGGUGCAGAUGCCCUAACCCUGUGGCACUUUAGCGUCUGUCCUUCCUGCCCGCCACUCCUCAUGCGGCACAUCAACACGGACUCAGCUCUCCCCCAGGAGCACGGGAAAGGCACGAGCCAGGAGGAGGAAGGAGAGGAAGAGGAGGAAGGAGAGGAGAAAGGGCUGCCCCACCCCUGGUGCCGGCACCAUGGUGUCCUGAUGGGCUGCAGCCCACCGGAGCUGACAUGCCAGAAGGUCUACCAGGUCUCCAUCUUCUCCCCACCGGCUGCCUGCUCUCACCCUCCAGAGCAGAGGUCACCUGGGCGUCAGCCUGUGAAGCGAACUUGCCCGGGGCCCCAGAGGGUGGCCGAGGAGGGCGAGUGGGACGCCAAGCGGGGCUGCUGGGAGGAGGACGAUGCCAUCGAGGAUGGGCUCCUGGUGGAUGAGCUCUCCCUGGGAGGCUCUGCACAGCACUUCUCCCACAGUGGCCUCCGGGUGGUGGAGCACCGCCGGGAAGAUAGUCCCAGCCGACCUUGCAUGGGAAGCCCUCCCAGGGCCCGAGGGAGGGCUGCUGAUGCCACCACCGUCACUACACACGGGCUCUGCACACCUUGCAACACUUUGCACACGACAACAAGAGACUAUGCCCUGUCCUCGCUUGGGGAUCUGCCCUCUGCCUCCGGAAACUCCUGGAGGCAAGAAGAGAACGGGACACAGCAAGAUGAGGGGGGCAGCAGCGGUGGCAGCACCCCUUGCCUCAGCAGCCACCGCUUCCUACUUGAUCCUGAUUUGCACAACCUAGCACACCCGCCAGGUGAACCGGACCCCCAAACGCCCUGUGGUGGGGACACUGAGCCUGACACCUUAGUAACAUUGGGGGCCCAUGGCCCCAGCACCCACCCAGGGCCUGGCUGUGCUGAGAAGACCCCAUGCUCCAGCGCCAGGCUACUUGGAGGCAGUGCCAGCGGUUGCCCUGCCAAGCGAAAACUGCUCCCUUCAAUAGAGGGGGCCACAGAGACAGGCUCCGAGGACGAGGGACCCCCACCUGCCCGGAAGAAAAGGGCCCUGCAGAGCCCCACUGUUCCCGCUUCCUGCCGCAGCACCGAUGCCAAGGGUGCCCCCUUCUGGAACCAUCUGCUUCCGGCAGCCAAGGGCUCAGCAAACAGCAGUUCCGGCAACUGUCAGCUGAAGACUGUGCUGCGUCUCAAACAGAGAUCUCUUCGCAGCGGCCUUCGCAAAACUCCAGCAUGCAGCCGGUCCCCUCCAAGCCCUUGGGCCACCACCUCCACCAGCCGUGCCCUCCUGGGGAACUUUGAGGAGUCCAUGCUGAAGGGCCGCUUCCCACCAUCCGGCCGCAUCGAGGGCUUCACUGCAGAGAUCGGGGCCAGUGGCUCUUACUGCCCACAGCAUGCCACCCUUCCUGUGGAGGUCACCUACUUCGACAUAGCAGAGCACAAUGCCCCCUCGCCCUUUCUGGGAGUCAUUGACUUGGAAGCUCUGGGAAAGAAGGGUUACAGCAUCCCCAAGACUGGCACCAUCCAAGUGACCUUAUUCAACCCCAACAAGACAGUGGUGAAGAUGUUCCUGGUGACCUACGACUUCCAUGAUAUGCCUGCCAAUCAUGUUACCUUCUUGCGCCAUCGCAUCUUCCUGGUGCCUGUUGAUGAGGAGCAGGGAGCCAGCCCAGCCCUCGGGGAGCUGCCCAGGAGGGUGCUCUGCUACCUGAUGCACCUGAGAUUCCACAGCUCAAAGUCGGGAAAGAUCUACUUGCACGACGACAUCCGCCUGCUUUUCUCCCGCAAGUCCAUUGAGAUUGACUCGGGCAUCCCCUAUGAGCUGAAGUCCUUCACCGAACUGCCCCGCAACCCCUGUUACUCGCCACGGGCCUGACGGAGGGCAGGUGAUGGCAGCAGCGGGUGGAGUGAACCAUGCCUGGCCCCAGCAUUUGGUCCUGCGGGGUGAUGGAGUGGGAAGGCUGGAGCCAGGAGCACCGGACCACCUCCUUUUGUGGCCAAAGCCACGCUAGGGGCUGGAGGCAGGCAUGCCACAUUCUUCCCCCCCCCCCUCCCCAGGAGCUGUGAUUUAGUAUUUAUUGCUGGCACUGAGGGCCGGAGAGAGGCUGGCACCCAGACCAGAUCACAAAUGCAGAUGAGUCUCAUGCUCUAGUUCUGGUGCCCUGUGCUGUUUUGCCGGAGGUGCACAGUAACGGGUGGGGGAGGGAAGAAAGGGGGCAGAUGGUGUUGCAGUGGGGUGGGAGGGGGGACUCUGCUGCUGCCCCAGAGGGGAAAGCAAAUGGUGGGCUGCAGUGGCAGGAUUGGAGGGUUGGUGGUCUGAGGGAGGUAUUUUGUGUGUGAGAGAGUGCAUUAUGUGCCAGAAAUGGGAAGGGUUGAAAAGGGGCCUUUUUGGUGGUGGUAGGGGGGGUGGCAAGGAAGGACAGACUUACUGUGGCUUGGCACCCUGGACAGGGAGCUUCCUAGGCAGCUUUCCUUUGGGUUUGUUCGGAAGGGCUCUGCCAAUUGGCAAGCGGGGAAAUCACGGAUAUGUUGUGGUGACUAAGGCUCUCUCCAGCUCCUUUGGUGCCAUUUUGGAAAAAGAAAGGGAGAUGAGCCAAUGUUGUGCCACUUUAUGAGGGGAAGAGAGACGAUCUUUGGCUCAGCUGAAGUUUUGGGGGCUUUGUGGUGAAGAAGGCUCUUUGUCCUCUUGGAUGCCAAGCAGCUUUUCCUCUCCGAUCAUCUGGCCCCAAGCUCUAUGGUGUUGGUCAUGCGCUCUCAUCCCCCCGUCCUACUUUUCCCAGCUAUGUGAGAUCUGGUCCCCACUGCCCCAUUGCCUCCAUACAGGCAUCGGGGAAAUAGGCACAUUCUACGGAGUGCCACGUGUGGGAAAAAGCGGAGGUGUCAUGGUACCUGAUGGCUGAGCCAGGGGGAAAACUCAGAAGGGGUGGCCAUGGGUGAAGCCUGGGUGAAACCUCUGGAAUUGCUGUAGCUUGCUGCUGUGUCUUUGGCUUGAAUGGAGACCGUUGCCUGCCUUUCCCUGCCUCGGGUGUUUCUGCUGAAGAUGAUGUAAACUUUACAUUGUAAAUUUGGUGCCAAAUGAGAUGAAGAUGCCAGAGGGGGGUGGGAGGGGUUUGAGCAGGGUUGAGAGGUGAUUCUGGGAUUUCCUCCACGGCGGUUUCUCUUAGGUUUUUGAAAACCUUUGGGGAUGGGUGGGUGAUGCCUGCUGCCUUUGCAAUAACAAUUACAGCCCUCCCUUUGUGCCCCUUCACCCGUUCCCACUGGGCAUGGGAGGUGCAGGGAUAAUUUGCACCAUUUUGGAGAGAAGUGAAGUGACUCGGUGUCUCCAAAAGACUGCGGUCUGUUGCUGUCUGCGAGGGCCGGCUCUGCUUGCCCCUGAGGAUCACCAGCCCCACGGCCUUCCCCUCCUGUACCUUUUUUUGGCCUGAGCUGCCAAAUCUUUCUCCCAAGAUGAGGCAGGAGUGGGGAGAGAAAGGGUCAACCAUUGUAGACACUUGAAAAUAUUUAUAUUUAAAAAAGAGAAAGAGAGACAGGAAGAAAUGUUCUUAACACUUUCUCUCCUUUUGAAAAAGAAAAUUCUAUAAAUGUGUGUUUGGAAA